GUGUGGCACAUGCCACCCCAUGCCACCCUUCUAGAUCCGCCCCUGCGGAUAGUGCUGAAACGAAAAAGCUCGAUGAAACAGUCUAAAAUGAAUAAGCCUGAACUACAAAUUAAAAACAAUGCAGAAAACGUAAGGCUCGGAGCAAAACUCACAGACUGUGACAAAAGGAUCCUUUCGUGUUGUGUUUGGGCUCAUUUAUUAAUUUUAGAUAUUUGUUUUUAUACCCUGGCGGGCUACCACCCAAUAACAGGCUUAUUUUCGUCCCCUGUGCGCCUUUUGUUGUUCUAAACUUGUGAUGAAUGAUGCGAUUGGGUGAUGAUCAUGCCACGAAGGCGUGUCUGUGUUCAUUUGGGUUGUGUAGACGUGGACGGGACAAUAAACUCCACCGACUCCGGUAAGACCUGGUGCUGCACUAAUCCAACACUGAACACGAACCCCAAGAUUGUCCAUCGAGAACCAUGACGGCCAUCAAUGCGCCUCGGGACAAAUACAAUUCAGUAUGGCUCAUUUUCUUUAUCCUGGGCUUGGGAACCCUCUUGCCAUGGAAUUUCUUCAUGACGGCAACAAUGUACUUCACCAGCAGACUGAAGGACGUCCCCACUGUGCACUCCUCCAAUCAGACGGCCAACGUAACGGCCGGAGACUCUCGCAAUGUGCUGGAGUCCAAGUUCAACAACGUGAUGACGCUGUGCGCCAUGGUGCCUCUGCUCAUCUUCACCUGUCUCAACUCCUUCAUACACCAAAGGAUUCCUCAGAAAUUGAGAAUCUCGGGCAGCUUGACGGUCAUCCUGGUGGUUUUUCUGGUGACAGCGGUGGUUGUUAAAGUAGAACUGGCUCCUCUUCCCUUCUUUGUCCUGACCAUGGUCAAAAUUGUCUGCAUCAACUCGUUUGGGGCGAUUCUUCAGAGCAGUCUGUUCGGGCUGGCUGGGAUUCUACCUGCCUCUUACACCACUCCCAUCAUGAGCGGACAGGGGCUGGCCGGCACCUUCGCUGCCUUCUCCAUGAUCUGCGCUCUGGCCAGUGGGUCAGAACUGCAGGACAGUGCUUUUGGUUACUUCAUCACAGCCUGUAUUGUGAUUCUUCUGGCUAUAAUGUCCUACCUCAUUCUCCCCAAGAUGGAGUUCUUCCAGUACUACAUGGAGACCAGUAGAUCUGCACCAUCAGCCGAUGAGGAGAACAAGAUGGACUUGCUCAAAAAAGAAAGUGAAGCUGAAAAGCGGCCGGUGGUGAAUCUCAUGGAAGAUGAGACCAAACCCACCUCGUCUGUGUUUAACAUCUUCAAGCAGAUUUGGGUGAUGGCUCUGUCUGUGUGCUUCAUCUUCACUGUCACCAUUGGAGUUUUUCCAGCCGUAACCGUCGAUGUCAAGUCGACAGUUGCUGGUGAAAGUGCCUGGGAAAAGUACUUCAUCCCCGUGUCAUGUUUCCUCCUUUUCAACGUGAUGGACUGGGCUGGCAGGAGUCUGACGGCCAUCUGUAUGUGGCCGGGCAAGGACAGCAUCUGGCUUCCUGUCCUCGUGGGCCUGCGGGUCGUCUUCAUCCCCCUCUUCAUGCUCUGUAAUGUCCAGCCUCGUGUGAUUUCCCAAACCGUGUGGUUCAGCCAUGAUGCCUGGUACAUCAUCUUCAUGAUUUUUUUCUCCUUUUCCAACGGAUACCUGGCCAGCCUCUGCAUGUGCUUUGGACCCAAGUAAGGACUGCUCACCUACAAAUCACAA